ACACCCUUUUUUAAUUAACUAAAAAAGCCUCUGAAUUUCAGUUAGUUGAUCAUCAAACAACCAAAUUCAUACCUUUGCAGAUAUAAUGGCAAGCUGCAGCAUGGCAUCUGCUGCUGUUGGAUUUGUUGUGGCACCAAAUGUGAUAUCCAACACAACCACAGUUAAGUGCAACAUGGUUAUGUUUUCUUCCAAGAAGAGUUCUAGGGGUUCAAGAUUGGUUGUUAAGGCUGCCGAUGAGGCGGCGGCUGCACCGCCCGCGGCAGCUGCUGAACCUGCUGUACCUGCCAAAGAAGCUGCACCUAAACCGCCUCCGAUUGGACCCAAGAGAGGAGCCAAGGUGAGAAUUCUAAGGAAGGAAUCCUACUGGUACAAAGGUGUGGGAUCAGUUGUGACCGUUGAUCAGGAUCCCAAGACACGUUAUCCGGUUGUUGUGCGGUUCAACAAAGUUAAUUACGCAAAUGUGUCAACAAACAACUAUGCAUUGGAUGAGAUUCAAGAAGUUUAAAUUUUAAUGUUGCCAUUGUAGAAUUACAUACAUUCCUUCCAUUACAAUCUUUUGCUCAUUUUUUUCUGAUGAAUAUGUAAAAAUAGUUUGAUCAGUUCUUGAGUGCCUAAAUUUGAUCCAAUAUCCAAAACAAGUAACUGCCAUUCAA